UUGACGCCUCCCGUUUCCUGCCCUCUUCUCCUCCUCCCUCCCCGCCUCCGCCAUUGCUCCACAAGUACACGUCGCGCAGCCCCCACGCGCCAGAGCUCGGGGGAACUGGACAGAAGCGCUGGCUUCGGCAUCCCGGUCUCCUCGCCGUCUUCUUGCUUGUUUGGUUCCUGGGAGCAGAAAGAUUCAGCUUUUCAGGGCUUCCAGGCUCUGCGCAAUCUGACCGUGAAUGAAACCUACAAUUCAGUAGUCCAUCACGAUGCCAAGUUUGCUUCCUGACUGACUAGAUUCAGAUUGUUGCGGUCUCUGGUCUUGUCUGAUAAACAGACAGUUGUAGCAGCAAUGACUUCCAAGGCAAUGCCUCAAACUCCCCCAGAAAUCUCAAGCGCCCCAGACCUGAAGCACUGUUCUAAGAGCGCUUCUCCUUUGGAGAUCCCCCAGACAAACAAUGCAUGCGUUUCAGCACCAACGGUGUUACCAGAAACAGCUAACCUGAGCAAAUUGAGUCAUAAACUGAACUCAAAUGAGCAGAAACCAGACCACCACAUCAAGGAAUCUGUUGGGGAGCUCGGGAAUGUGAAUGGAAGUUCCACUUCAUUUCAGACAUGUGAAGGAAGUAGUCAAGCAAAGGUCAGUGCAAGUGCUAGGUUGACCGAUCCAUCAGAGAUUGGUGACAGAGGCAAUAGCAGCAGAUGCAGGCCUAGCACAAGCAGUGAUGUCAGCGAUGAAAGCUCAUGUAGCAGUAUGAGUAGCAGCACGAAGCCUCAUAAAGCGAACGAUUCACGAUGGGAGGCGAUUCAGAUGGUCAGGACAAGAGAUGGGAUGCUUGGGUUGAGUCAUUUCAGGCUGUUGAAGAGGCUAGGCUGCGGUGAUAUUGGCAGUGUGUAUCUCUCUGAAUUGAAUGGGACAAAGAGCUAUUUCGCAAUGAAGGUUAUGGAUAAGGCAUCACUAGCAAGCCGUAAAAAAUUGCUUCGAGCUCAAACGGAGAAAGAGAUUCUGCAAUGCCUGGAUCACCCCUUCCUUCCUACACUCUACACUCACUUUGAGACCGACAAGUUCUCCUGCCUAGUUAUGGAGUUCUGCCCAGGAGGAGACCUGCACACUCUUCGACAGAGGCAGCCUGGCAAACAUUUUCCAGAGCAAGCUGUCAAAUUCUACGUAGCAGAAGUCCUCCUGGCACUAGAAUACCUGCACAUGCUCGGGAUCAUAUACCGUGAUCUCAAGCCUGAAAAUGUCCUUGUUCGGGAGGACGGGCACAUCAUGCUCUCGGACUUCGACCUCUCCCUUCGCUGUGCAGUCAGUCCCACACUGAUCAAAUCUUCAAACCCUGAUGCAGACGCACUCAGGAAGAACAGCCAAGGCUACUGUGUCCAGCCAGCUUGUGUCGAGCCGUCCUGCAUAAUUCAACCAUCAUGUGCAGCCCCAACCACCUGCUUUGGUCCACGCUUCUUCUCCUCCAAGUCCAAGAAGGAUCGUAAACCGAAACCUGAAGUUGCCACUCAGAUCAACCCUUGGCCUGAGCUCAUAGCAGAGCCCAGCGAUGCGCGAUCAAUGUCAUUUGUCGGAACACAUGAGUACCUAGCCCCUGAGAUUAUCAAAGGUGAGGGCCAUGGCAGCGCUGUUGACUGGUGGACCUUUGGGAUAUUCUUGUACGAGUUGCUGUUUGGGAAGACACCUUUCAAGGGAUCUGGUAACAGGGCUACACUGUUCAAUGUCAUCGGCCAGCCAUUGCGCUUUCCCGAAUACCCAGUUGUGAGCUUCUCGGCAAGAGAUCUGAUCAGGGGUCUACUUGUAAAGGAGCCCCAGCAACGGUUAGCUUACAAGCGUGGUGCCACGGAGAUCAAGCAGCAUCCUUUCUUCGAGGGCGUGAAUUGGGCACUGAUCCGGUGUGCAAGCCCACCGGAGGUACCAAAGCCCGUCGAGAUCGAGAGGCCAUCGAAGCUGCCUCCAUCACCCUCGGGAGCUGCUGAUGGUUCCAGUGGUGCACCACAGAAAGGUUCUGACGGCUACUUGGAGUUUGAUUUCUUCUAGCAAACAUGUGGGUGUACUAUAUUGUUUCUGCCAUUGGAUGUAGGGUUUUCAGAUGUUAUGUUUUCAGCAGAUGGUUGGUGCUGUAGAUUUGUCUCCUCAACCCGCUUCUCUUCUCUGCUACCUUUUCUUAAAGUUUACAUUUGUAAUUCAACAAGUUCUGAUUGUGCUGAUCUUCUGCAUUGUCUUUUUUUUUUGCACCAAACAUCA